GUCUUCCGGCGCGGCGGCCGGAGCCGGCGUCAUGGCUGCGGUGGAGAAGUUCGUGAGCCGCCAGCUAGAGCUGCUGGAGCAGGAGCGGGAGGCGGAGGUGCAGGAGAAGAGGGCGUGGCAGGAGGCCUUGGCCCCCCAGGAGCUGCAGCGCCGGGGCGUCUGCCUGCUGAAGCUGCGCGUGGCCGGCGUGCGGACCGGGCUGUACGGACGGCUGCUCGUGGUGCUGGAGCCCGGCCGGCGGGACCCCGCGGCCGCCCUGCCCAGCCACAGCCUCGGGCCCGGCGACAUCGUGGGCCUGUACCCGGGCACUGCGGACGCCACCCUGCUGGCCACGGGCAUCCUGACGCAGGUCACCCCGCGGGCUGUCACCGUGGCCUUGGAGGAGGCGCAGGAGGCCGCGCUGGCCUCGGGUCCGGACGGCCUCUACCGGCUGCUCAGGCUGGCCAACGACGUCACGUACCAGCGGCUCAAAAAAGCUCUGAUCGCCCUAAACCAGUAUUCCUCGGGUCCGGCCUCGUCUCUCAUAGACGUUCUUCUCUGUUCCUCCGAGCCAAGUAGCCCAGCCCCGACACAACCGCUGACAUUCUGCAACGGCUCCCUGGACGCAUCACAGAAAGAGGCCGUCGGCUUUGCGCUGGCCCAGAAAGAGCUGGCCAUCAUCCACGGCCCACCCGGCACUGGCAAGACCACGACGGUGGUGGAGAUCAUCCUGCAAGCCGUUCAGCGGGGUCUGAAGGUCCUGUGCUGUGCCCCUUCCAACAUUGCUGUGGACAAUUUGGUGGAGAGGCUGGCCGCUCAGAAGCAGAGGGUCCUCCGCCUCGGGCAUCCAGCGCGCCUUCUGGACACCAUCCAGCACCACUGCCUCGACGCGGUCUUGGCCCGCAGUGACCAGGCCCAGAUUGUGGCAGAUAUCCGGAAGGACAUCGACCAGGUGAAAAGCAAGAAGUCCCUGGACAAGAGAGACAGUGAUUACGGCCGAAGUGAGCUGAAGCUGCUGAGGAGAGAGCUGAGGGAGAGAGAGGAAGCCGCCAUGCUCGGGAGCCUCUCUUGGGCUGACGUCAUCCUGGCCACAAACACAGGUGCUUCCCCUGAUGGCCCACUGAAGCUGCUCCCUGACGAUCACUUCGAUUUGGUGGUGAUCGACGAGUGUGCCCAGGCCUUGGAAGCCAGCUGCUGGAUCCCCCUGCUGAAGGCCAGAAAGUGCAUCCUGGCCGGAGACCACCAGCAGCUGCCUCCCACCAUCGUGUCCCACCAAGCCGCCAAAGGGGGUCUGUCCCUCAGCCUAAUGGAGCGCCUGAUUGAGAACCACGGGCAGAAGGUCGUGAGGAUGCUGACGGUCCAGUACCGCAUGCACCAGGCCAUCAUGCAGUGGGCGUCCGAGGAGCUGUACCACGGACAGCUCACUGCCCACCCCUCAGUGGCCGGCCAUCUUCUGAAGGACCUGCCAGGGGUCACUCCUAGCGAAGAGACAAGCGUCCCCCUGCUGCUCAUCGACACUGCUGGCUGUGGCCUGCUGGAGCUGGAGGACAAGGAUGAGCAGUCCAAGGGAAACCCAGGUGAGGUCCGGAUUGUUAGUUUGCACAUCCAGGCCUUGGUGGAUGCUGGAGUUCAAGUAGGUGAUGUUGCUGUCAUCGCUCCGUACAACCUGCAGGUGGACCUGCUUAGGCAGGAGCUUUCCUCUAAAUAUCCUCAACUGGAGAUCAGAUCUGUAGACGGCUUUCAAGGACGAGAGAAGGAGGCAGUCAUCCUGUCCUUUGUGAGGUCCAACCGAAAGGGUGAGGUUGGUUUCCUGGCGGAGGACCGAAGGAUCAAUGUGGCGGUCACUCGUGCCCGGCGCCACGUGGCAAUCGUCUGUGAUUCCCGAACCAUCAGCAAUGACGCCUUCUUGAAGAAGCUGGUGGAUUAUUUCACUCUGAGAGGCGAAGUCCGCACAGCCUUUGAGUACCUCGAUGACAUUGUCCCUGACAACUACUCACAUGAAGGCUUUCAGGGCACCAGGCAGGUGGGCAGGAAGCCUGGGGACUCUGCCCAGCCCAGACCUCACCAGGAAAGCCAAAAGGCCCGAGGGCCUGGGAAGUGUGGCAGAAGCGGGCCCUCACGCCCAACACCGAAGGGCUCUGGGGUGAGUGGUGGUGGCCAGCCUGAGGGCGCUAGGGAGCACUUCAGAACCAUGAUUGUGGAUUUCCUGGAGAGCAGCAAGACCCUUCUCGAGUUCCCUGUGUCUCUGAAUUCUCACGACAGAAUGCUGGUCCAUCAGCUGGCUGAGGAGCAUGGGCUGAAGCAUGAGAGUGUUGGUGAAGGGAAAGAGAGAUACAUCUCUGUGCGCAAAAAAGGGGCUACCACCACGCCCACCACAGUCACUGCCCCCCCCACCCCCGCUGUUGCCACUGUGGCACCUUCUUCAGCAGGGACAGACAGUGAGGGGCGGGAGCCCCAGCCCAGGAGCCUGGGCCCAGGAAUGCCAGGCCUGGCCCUGGGCGAGCAGGGCACCCCCAGCAGCCCUGGGGACAGUCUAAAUCAGAAGGCCCCACACCGGGAAGGAGGACAGAGGGGGAAAGCCGGGCCCGGCCCGCUGGCCAGAGAGAGCCAAGAUUCUGCCAGCUCCAGGGCACCAAAGAUGUCAGGAAGGAAGAAGGGAAAGGAGAGGAGAGGGCUCACGGGAGAGAAUUGCGCAGCCGAGGAAGACUUUGAGGCUUUGGUCUGUGCCGCCAUCAAAGCUGAUAACACCUGUGGGUUCCCCAGGUGCAGGGCCAGCGUGGUGACCUUGGGCCAGCUCUGCUCACUCUGCGGUCAGCGCUUCUGCCUAAGCCAUCACAUCCCUGAGGUCCAUGGAUGUGGCGAGAGGGCACGUGCUCAGGCCCGCCAGAGAAUUAGCAGAGAAGGGAUCCUGUAUGCCGGCAGUGGGACAAAGAACAAGUCUGUAGACCCCGUGAAGAGAGUCCACCUCCAGAAAAGGCUGGACCAGAAACUUGUGGAGCUGAGUAGCCAGAGGAAAAGCAAAAAAAAGGACAAGUGAGGAGCAGUGUCCAGAGGACCACCUCCCCACCUCUGGCUUCUCUCCCUCUUUGGCCCCCUCCGCCAGAGGAGCUGCCCAGCCUGGGCCAUUGGGUUGGCGUUCACGGUCACACGAGAGUGGGGUGACAGGGUACAGCUGGACCUGGGGUGUGUGUGUCUGGGUAUCCAUGGUGGCCAGCCAGCCGUCCUUUGGGUUUCUGGGCAUCAACCUUACUGCUUGACAGGAGGUGGAGGAGAAAAUGCCCUGAGUGAAAGGAGCUAAAUAAAAUCUCUGAAACACUUGA